AUGACUAUUCUUGGUGAAGACGACAACAAGGUGAAGGAGCUGGUGAAGGGUGGAAUUGAUGACAUUAAGAGCAUUGAUGUGAAGAAGAGCGUGCAAAAGUGCGUUUCCGGAGCUUCUUCGGGGCUGAAAAAUGCAUAUGAGACCGUCAAGUUCAAGACUACGACUCGAGAGGGUCUGAUUGGAGAUUAUGACUACAAGUUUCUGCUUACGCCCAAAAUUCCGUUUAUGAAGAAGUCCAAGAAGGGUGACAAGAACCGGUCGACGUUUUUUGCUGUCGAUUCGUCUCUGCCUCUUUUGCUGGCCAUUUUGCUUGGUUUCCAGCAUUCUUUGGCCAUGAUUGCAGGCAUUGUGACCCCUCCUCUUUUGAUGGCUUCAGCUGCGAAUUUCGACGCGCAAAUGACCCAGUAUCUGGUUUCUGCGGCCAUGAUUGGCUCGGGUCUUUUGUCGCUCAUUCACAUUAUUCGAUUCAGAAUUCCAGGCACCCACUUGUAUGUCGGCACCGGUUUGAUUUCUGUGGUUGGAGCUAGUUUCAGCACCAUCACUGUCUUCACUACGGGUCUGCCCAUCAUGUACAAGAGCGGAGUGUGUCCCGUAAGCGAGACUGGAGCCCCGUUGCCCUGUCCCGAGGGCUAUGGAAUGAUCAUUGCCACUGCUUCACUGUGUGCUCUGAUUGAGCUUCUUUGCUCAUUCCUGCCGUCCAAGUUUCUCAUGAAACUGUUUCCUCCGGUCGUCACCGGCCCCGUGGUGCUUGUUAUUGGUGUCUCUCUGAUUCAGUCCGGCUUCAAGGACUGGGCUGGAGGCGCUGGACCUUGUUUCGGACGUCCCACUAGCGGCGACUUUAUGCUGUGUCCCUCUAACGACGCUCCCAUGGCCGCUCCCUGGGGUUCCGCACAGUUUAUCGGUCUGGGCUUCCUCGUCUACGUCGCCAUUCUCACCUGCGAAAAGUACGGAGCUCCCAUCAUGAAAUCAUGUGCCGUGGUGAUUGGUCUUCUGGUGGGCUGUAUUGUGGCUGCUGCCUGUGGCUACUUUGACGCUACUCCCAUCAACGAGGCUCCUGUGGCCACCUUUUUGUGGACUACCACGUUCCCUCUGAAGCUGUAUGGUCCAGUGGUACUUCCUUUGCUGGCCGUCUACCUGACUAUCAUGAUGGAGACGAUUGGAGACAUUACUGCUACCUGCGACGUGUCUCGAGUAGCAGUUUCUGGACCCGAAUACGAGAGCCGAAUCAAGGGCGGCAUUCGAGGAGACGGUAUCAUCGGCUCUAUUGCUGGUCUGCUGACUCUCACUCCCUGCUCUACCUUUGCCCAGAACAACGGAGUCAUCAGCUUGACAAAGUGUGCCAACCGUCAGGCCGGUGGCUGGGCCUGUUUCUUCAUUCUCAUGAUGGGCAUCUUCUCCAAGUUUGCCGCUGCAUUUGUGUCGAUUCCCAAGCCCGUCAUUGGCGGUAUGACCACUUUUCUCUUCACCUCAGUCGCAGUGUCUGGCCUGGCUAUCAUUUCCAGAAACCCCAUCACUCGACGAGACAGAAUCGUGCUCACUGCUUCUCUGGUGCUCGGUCUGGGCGCCACGCUGGUCAACAACUGGUUCUCCUUCGUCUUCACCUACGAGGGCGACAACCAGUCUCUUCAGGGCUUCCUUGACGCUAUCCAGCUUGUCAUGAGCUCGGGUUUCUCCGUCACUGGCUUCGUUGGUGUCAUUGCCAACUUGAUUAUCGAUGAUGACGAGGAAGAAGACGAAGACGACAAGGAGCACACGCUCGAGAUCUGCUCGAGUUCGUCAUCCAUCACACAAGUCGAUCUUGAAGCUGGCCAAAAGGUUGAGUAA